AUGAAGGAGAAAAGAAACGAAUUGUGGAAGCUAGAUCUCCUCGAGGCGAAGUACACGCAAGCUACGCCGCGGUUCUCGUUCACCAAAAAAUUGAUCAAUGCAAGAAACAACUCGCACUUAAUGAAGAAGCUCCCUGGUACGCCUAACGAAGCCUUCCAACAAAUCCAUGCUCUCAAAGCUGACUUGUUUCGCAAAAAGUACCAUGGGUCCUACAAAAAAUUGAGCCGAGACGCUUCGCGGGCAACCAAGCAGAAACAAAAGACUUUGGGCAGCAAAGAAAAACACCUCUCCAAGCUUUUGCAGAGCGCCGAGUUCCACGAGCAACUCAUAACCGCGAAGCUUGUCAAAAUCGUUCUGUCGGCGAUCUUGACCACCAAGGAGACAAGGCUGAAUCCGCCAAGCUUUAUUCCCGAAGAAAUCCGAGAAUAUAUUUCCGAUAAAGCACUGGCAAGGAAUCCUUCGCGUUUUUUCAUCACGUACUGCCAGAACGACAAAGUUGUCAACGAGUACAUUUCCAAGUUGUGGAAUCUGAAGGAAAUGAAAACGCUAUGUCUGGAGAUUGACUGGAGUUUCCGGAAGAUCAGAGGCAAUUUGACCAAAAACGAAAUUGCGUCUCAUUCGAAGGAAACGGGCAAGAAAGUCAAGAAUGUCAUUGCAAAUGAAGACAGUGCCGAGAUCAGUGAAAGUGAAGAGAGCGAUUCCGAAAGCGGGGGGAGCGAUUCUGAAGACGCACAGAUUGAUGCAGAGGAGGCGUUUGAGAAAUUCUCUGCUUUUGACAAUAUGGUUGCCGGGUCUGACGAGGAGCAGGAUUUUGUGGCUGAUCCAAAUGUCGACUACAACGAGAUCACAGACCAGGAGAUGUCUGAAAGCGACAACGAGAGAGAAGAAGAGAGAAAGCCCAAAGAGUCAAAAGCCAAGGCUGAAAAGGCCAAGAAGCUCGCGCUUCCCGAGUUGGCUACGGGAUAUUUCUCAGGAGGCUCUGACGAUGAGGAUGACGUGGAUAACGACAAAGUGGUGAAGGAAGCCACGACAGUCCGCAAGAACAGAAGAGGCCAGCGGGCCAGACAGAAAAUCUGGGAGCAGAAGUACGGUACAAAGGCAGUGCACGUGCAGAAGGAAAACCUGAGACUCGCCAGUGAAAGAGAACGCAAGCAGCAAGAGUUUGAAGAAAGACAGCGCAGGAGAGAGCAAAAGGCCAUACUUGCACAACAGACGAACACUUCCAAGACUGCCGGUUCUGCCUUGGCUUCUGGACUGGGAGACUCGCUGAAGGUGCAUCCAUCUUGGGAAGCCAAGAGAAUUGCUGAGGAGAAGAUGAAGAAUGUCAAGUUUGAGGGUAAGAAAAUCACGUUCGACUAA